GAAACAUUUAUCGCGUCAAUUCCAUUUCUCUCCUAGAGAGAGAAAAAAAGACUUUCUCUACCUUUUUUUGCUGUAUAGAGAGAGAGUCAAAUCAUUCCUUAAACCGAUUCUUCCUCUAAAGAUAUUUUUGUUGACUAACCUCCGAUUUAAACUCGAGCGAUCCACCGAUUCAACUCGCUCAGAUUCUGAUCGCCAAAAAAUGGAGACUCCACCUGCCGAACAGCUUCUCAAGAAGAUACUCGAGCUCGAGGAGAAUCAAGAGCAUCUGAAGCAGGAGAUGUCGAGGCUCAAGGUCUCCACUGAGAUUCGGCAGCGAUCGCAUUCGGUCUCGCCGCAUCGUCCUCCGCGGAGAAACAUCGGCGGCGGCGACGGAGCUUCUUCGGUUUGGAGGAAGAGCGGCGCCGCCUCGUUCCGUCACGCCUCGCCGCUGCGUAAGGAUAGUCGUAUCUUAGGUCCGAUCAAUCUGAGAGGUGGAGGCGGCGGUGGAGGAGGCGGAGGAGGUGGACCGUCGGCUGGGAAGUUUAAUGAUAAACAUUAUUUGAAUAUUUUGCAGUCUAUGGCUCAAGCUGUUCAUGCUUUUGAUCUUAACAUGCGGAUUAUAUUUUGGAAUGCUAUGGCGGAGAAGCUUUACGGAUACACUGCAGCAGAAGCACUUGGGGAGAAUCCAAUUAAUGUGAUAGCAGAUGAUCGUGAUGCUGCUUUCGCUAUGAAUAUUGCUAGACGUUGUGUACGUGGAGAGAGCUGGACGGGAGAGUUUCCUGUCAAGAGUAAAUCAGGGGAGAGGUUUUCAGCGGUGACUACGUGUUCCCCGUUUUAUGAUGACGACGGUACUCUGAUAGGGAUCAUUUGUAUCACUAGUAACACGGCGCCGUUUCUGAACCCGAGGGUUUCUUUGGAUAAGUUGAAGGCGGAAGAAGGUGAAACGAGCUUUGUGCCUGUAAGGAAUAGUUUUGCGUCGAAGCUUGGUUUGGAUUCCAAAGAAGCUGUUAUAUCGAAACUUGGCCUUGACUCUGAUCAGCCUAUACAAACUGCUAUAGCGUCAAAGAUAUCGAAUUUGGCUUCCAAGGUGAGUAAUAGGGUAAGGUCGAAAAUGCGAGCAGGUGAGAGUAGUGGUACACUCUCUGAGGGUGGCAGUGGGGAUAGUCAUCAUUCAGAUCAUGGUGCCACUCUCUCUGACCACAGGGACGAUGCAGCAUCAAGUGGUGCUAGCACACCAAGAGGGGAUUUUGCACAGUCUCCUUUUGGUGUUUUCACAUGUAACGAAGAAAAGUUUCCUUCGAAACCCUUUAAAGAUUCCAGUGAUGAGAGUGAGGAAAAGCCUGCAAUCCAUAAGGUUAUCAGCUCAAAAGCUGAAGAAUGGAUGGUAAAGAAAGGUUUGUCAUGGCCAUGGAAAGGGAGUGAGCAGGAAGGUUCAAAAGGAAGGCCAACUCAUUCUGUAUGGCCUUGGGUACACAAUGAACGAGGGAAAGAUAAGACUCACCAGAUUAUUCCCUCUUCUGCUGUUAAGUCUGAAAGCCUUGCCUUUGAAAGUAAUAAGCCGCCUGCAAAUAAUGAGGGAGGUAGUAUGUGGUCUUCCUCUGUAAAUGUGAACAGUACGAGCAGCGCUAGUAGCUGCGGAAGUACUAGCAGCAGUGUGAUGAACAAGAUUGAUGAUACUGAUAGUGAUGGUCUGGAAUACGAAAUUUUAUGGGAGGAUUUGACAAUUGGAGAACAAAUUGGACAAGGUUCAUGUGGAACUGUCUAUCACGGUCUUUGGUUUGGAUCUGAUGUAGCUGUUAAAGUUUUCUCCAAGCAAGAAUAUUCAGAAGACGUUAUACAAUCUUUUAGACAAGAGGUAUUGUUGAUGAAAAGACUUAGACAUCCUAACGUCCUGCUCUUUAUGGGAGCUGUGACUUCACCUCCGCGCCUCUGUAUAGUGUCGGAGUUCCUUCCACGUGGGAGUCUCUUCCGCCUACUACAGAGGAGUGCAUCAAAACUUGAUUGGAGGCGGCGUAUCCAUAUGGCUUUGGACAUUGUAGCUGACUUUGGUCUUUCGCGUAUCAAGCAUGAGACAUACCUAACCACCAAGUCUGACAUUUACAGCUUUGGAGUAGUCCUGUGGGAGCUUGCCACCGAGAAGAUCCCAUGGGAAACUCUCAACGCUAUGCAGGUAAUCGGAGCUGUCGGGUUCAUGAACCAGAGGCUGGAAAUUCCAAAGGACAUUGAUCCCUUAUGGAUCGCAUUAAUGGAGAGCUGUUGGCACAGCGAUACAAAGCUGAGACCAACAUUCCAAGAGUUGAUGGAUAAGCUAAGGGAGAUGCAAAGAAAGUCUACAAUACAAUUACAAGCUACUCGUGCUGCCUUACGUGACAACUCCCCCCUCAAGGACAACUAA